AUGGACACCCAAGCUCCUCCAUUCGAAAGCUUUCAGUUCACAGAUUGUGUUCCAGCGGCAAAAUGGCUAGCCGCCACCUACCGGAUGGAAGCCGACUACGACGCCAGCUCGGAUGAAUACCCCGUCGGGCUCGCCCGCGGCUACCUGCGGUCCCUGCUGCGCGGCAGCCCGCACGCGAACGCGACGGACGGGCAGCUGCUGGCCUGGUGGCAAACCAUCUCUGGGUCCUGGGGCACGGUCGGCGAGCGAGACCGGCCCUUCGCGCGGGUCUGGGAGUUCCCCUACGACGGCUGCCCCGCCGACGUCUGCAGGAACAUGGGCUUUGAGGGCGACCCGGACCUAUCGGGCAUCGGCAUCACCGUCUCGUUCUGGCUGGCCGCUUGGCUCGGCACCACCUACUUCCUCGCCGUCCUGGCCGACAAGAUCCUGCUCGCCAGGGAGGCCCUGGCCAGACGCGCGUUUAGCGGCGGCGGCCCGCCGGAGCCGGGUCGCUACCCGGCCGUCUCGCGCGCCUCGGCCAACUUCCGGCUCUACGCCUUCCUGGAAUCUCUGACGACCUUUCUGGAGUCGGCGCUCAUCUUCGCCAUCGCCAUGCUCGGCGCCGUCAUCGCUCGCUACCUGCUGCUGGCCAGAGAGUUUGGCGUGUCCGCGCGGCAGUACGAGAUCGUCACGGCCGGCUUCAUGGCGCACUUCUCCGUCCUUGUGCCAAUCCUGCUCGAGUCCAUCUCCGACGCUCUCCGUCGCACGCACCUGCGGCUCAUCCUGUGGUUCGUCGUCCUGGCCCUGUUCUCUGGCGUCACGGCCUUCGUCCGCAUCUUGGAGCAGAGGCUUCUCAGCGUCGACAUGAACCGUCUGCAUCCCGCCCACCCCUGGACCCGCGGUUUCUACUGGUGGAACCACUGCCAUGAUAUCCGCUUCUACGACAACAUCCUGCGCAAGACGGCAGAUGCAGGUGCCGCCGUCAUCUUCAUUAAUGUCCUGUGGUAUCUCUAUGCGUUGCUGUACCAAAUCCCUUGCUGCAAGACAAGGUUUGAUCGUGUCGGGCGGCAGUGGCUCGUCAAACAGCUUAAGCCAUACAGAUCCCACUUUCGCCUGCUCAAUGCUUUCGUCUGUGGCGUCAUGAUAUGGCUGUUCCUGGGAAUAUUCCACCUUUAUCGCGAGGACGUCCUCCGGCGCGCCGGCGAGACAAACAAAGAUGCAGUGUGGACGUUCGGGCAGGUUAUGGCACUAGCCACCUGGCUACCUGUUGUUUUUGAUCUUGUACACUUGUUGAUUCGCCGUUACCCGGAGAAAGCAUUGCAACAGAAGAUCUCGACGCGAUACAAGGUAAUCGCUCGUGGCGGCUCAUCUGAGGCGAUGCACGGCGAAGCCAACUCUCUAACUCCUGUUGCAGGCCAUCGAACUAUGUAA